UGUUGCAGUCCUCAGUGGCCAGCCAUGCCGUGACCCAGUCCCAGUCCCAUCCCAAUUAGAAAAUCUUCAAUCACAAAAGCGAACAACAACAACACACACAGUAAAGGAUGGGAUAGCCCUCAUCCUUCGUUCCGACGCCCCCAAAAAUCAAAUCCCUAAUUUUACCCAUCUCUCCGAACAAAACCCUAAAUUUGCCCCUCUUUUCUCCUUGAUUUCUGAUUUUCCGUUGUGCCGAGACAGAGGGGAGAGCAACAUGUAUAGGGAUAAAAGAGUUGGCGGUGGCGGUGGCGGUGGCGGAUCUAAAGCGGCGGCUGAGAUGAGCCAUGUGACGGACAGGAAGAAGCUGAAUGUGGCUUUGGACAAGCACUUGGACCGUUCGUCUCCCUCCACUUCCACCACCACUACCAGAGGGCUCGCCGCCAAAGAUCCUCGUUUGUCUAUGUAUAAAUCCAAGGAGAAUCACAAAGCAUCUCGCUCUUCCGCACCGGAUGAAAACAAAAACUCCGAUGUGGAAUCUGAAACAGACAGUGAGGAGUCAGAUAUUAGUGGUUCUGAUGGUGAAGAUACAUCAUGGAUUUCAUGGUAUUGCAAUCUACGUGGGAAUGAGUUCUUCUGUGAAGUUGACGAUGACUACAUCCAAGAUGACUUUAACCUCUGUGGUCUUAGCAGCCUAGUUCCAUAUUAUGAUUAUGCACUUGAUUUGAUUUUGGAUGUUGAAUCUUCUCACGGUGAUAUGUUUACAGAAGAGCAGAAUGAAAUCGUUGAGUCAGCAGCUGAAAUGCUUUAUGGUCUAAUACAUGUCCGAUACAUAUUGACAACCAAAGGACUUGCUGCUAUGCUAGAGAAGUACAAGAAUGCUGAAUUUGGAAGAUGCCCAAGAGUUUACUGCUGUGGUCAACCAUGCCUCCCUGUUGGUCAGUCAGAUAUUCCUCGACAAAGUACGGUGAAAAUUUACUGCCCGAGGUGUGAAGAGUUAUACACUCCUCGAUCUCGCUAUCAAGACAGUAUUGAUGGCGCUUAUUUUGGAACAACAUUUCCACACCUUUUCCUACUGACAUAUGGACACCUGAAGCCACAGAAAUCUUCUCAGAGCUAUGUUCCUCGAGUAUUUGGUUUCAAGGUCCACAAGCCAUGAACCUGCCGGAGUAAGGGUUACUUUUCACAUCAUAGCUAUAGGCUCAUUUCUCCUCAAAGGCUUUGGAACAUAUUGGAAAUAGAAAGGAACUUGAGCUAUAUAUAUGCGCUUAAUGCUAUUGAUUAAGCUUGUACCUUUGGUUUUAUAACAUUUUUUUUCAUAUUGCAAUUUCCCUUUGAGCUCUUUGUUGUUCUUGACCAUGUAUUUGAUUAAAGAUCCUACGAUUUUAAUAUUUUAUUAUUUUGAUAGUGUCAUUUAACAAAGCUACAAUUUUUUUU